AUGGCUUUGAAAGUGCACCAGAUGGGUUUCAAGCAAAUGAAAUGCGAUUUCAAUAACCAGUCCAUCAACGAGGAUGUGAUACAAGAGUACAGAAAUGAAAACAAUGAAAAUCAUGUGUUGUUUCGAGUGUUGGAUAAAAUACUGUCAGAAAUUACUGACGAAAACCGGAAUCUGAAGAACAGUACUCUUAUUAAUAACGUGUUGAAUGAGAUUCGCACGAAUCCGGAGUACGACUGGACUCGAGAUGUCGUGAAUCAGGUCUCGAGUAACGAGCGAUUAAUACGAACUCUUGUGGACAUUGUCUGCGAAAACCUUUUGUCGGUCUUUGAGAUCAAAGUAUCGGAAAUUAAUUUCAGUAGAGCUCUGAUGGCUACAGAUGUGGAUCAGUAUAUCAAGCACUUCAGAGCCACAUCCAGUGAAAUCGAUUACGAUUUGAUUGUUAAAUCAAAACAAGAUUUACCGGAAAAGUAUACGCAGGAUUUAUGGGCUUUAGAUUUGGGAAAAUUCAUACAAGACUUGUAUGACUUAAUCAAAUCUAAUGGAUUCCUAUUAACGGUAUUCCGGUAUAAGUUCACUGAACCGGAACUGGCGUUGAAUUCAUUGAAUGGAAAGCAAGUCCUAAAUAAUUGUGAUUUAGAGACUCGGAUCACAAAGUCGGGCGAGAGAUUGAGAUAUGUUUUCAAUUAUGACACCAAAUGUGAGACGAAAAUAGAUUUCAAUAGUAAACCGUUUUGCGAUAUAUUGGCCAAUGAUUUGGUGGCAAAUGUUAUCAAAGACGGAAAAGUGGGGACUUAUAGACACAUAAAACUGCCACAAAAUUAUGACAAAACAGUUUCCAACGAGUAUUUCCUAAACUUGGGUCAAACCCGAGACAUAUCAGCACUUCAGUGGUAUGACUCGAAAUGUGUGGCCCCAUCUCAGCUAGCAUAUAGUUUCCUAGACAAAACAGUUUCCAACGAGUAUUUCCUAAACUUGAGUCAAACCCGAGACAUAUCAGCACUUCAGUGGUAUGACUCGAAAUGUGUGGCCCCAUCUCAGCUAGCAUAUAGUUUCCUGGGUAAUCCUGUAAAUAAAGUCAAAAUCAACAUUUACAGCUCCGGUAUUAUAUUCCAUGACGUUCUGGUUGCAACAGGCCGUAUACCUAUGGGACCGGAGGCUUUCGUAACUGACUGUGCGAUUGGCACCGAAUAUGCCGGUCGUCGUGCGGAUACGGGUCAGAGGGUUAUGGGUAUGGAAUUGGGCCGAUGUUAUGCUACUUCUGUAUACUCGUCCACUGAUGCUUUCACUCACAUCCCUGACCACUGGUCUAUGGACGACGCCGUCUCCAUACUCAGCACUUAUAGUACUGUGUUUUAUGGAUUGAUACAUCUGGGCAAAUUGAAACAAGGGGAAAGUAUAUUGAUUCACUCGGCGGCGGGAGGUGUGGGUCAGGCAGCCCUUAAUGUAUGUCAACACUAUAAGUGCGAUAUUUAUGUGACGGUCGGAACCGAUGAGAAAAAGGAGUUUUUGAUCAAAGAAUACAACAUUCCUUCGAACAGAAUAUUCAACUCAAGGGAUACUCUCUUCAGGAAUCAAAUUAUGAAACUCACGAACGACAUAUACUCCGGUAUUAUAUUCCAUGACGUUCUGGUUGCAACAGGCCGUAUACCUAUGGGACCGGAGGCUUUCGUAACUGACUGUGCGAUUGGCACCGAAUAUGCCGGUCGUCGUGCGGAUACGGGUCAGAGAGUUAUGGGUAUGGAAAUGGGCCGAUGUUAUGCUACUUCUGUAUACUCGGCCACUGAUGCGUUCACUCACAUCCCUGACCACUGGUCUAUGGACGACGCCGUCUCCAUACUCAGCACUUAUAGUACUGUGUUUUAUGGAUUGAUACAUAUUGGCAAAUUGAAACAAGGGGAGAGUAUAUUGAUUCACUCGGCGACGGGUGGUGCGGGUCAGGCAGCCCUCAAUAUAUGCCGACACUAUAAAUGCGAUAUCUAUGCGACGGUCGGAACCGAUGAGAAAAAGGAGUUUUUGAUCAAAGAAUACAACAUUCCUUCGAACAGAAUAUUCAACUCAAGGGAUACUCUCUUCAGAAAUCAAAUUAUGAAACUCACGAACGGAAAGGGAGUGAACGUUGUAUUGAAUUCAUUGACUGGCGAUAAACUGAUGGCCAGUUACGAGUGUGUGGCCAAUCACGGCAGGUUUGUCGAGAUGGGACGGUAUGAUAUGGUUCAGGCGACCAAACUGUCAAUGUUUGACUUCGCCCGCAAUAUUGACUUUAUAAGUCUUGUGUUGGAUCUGUUUAUAAUUCCACCAAUGGUUGUGUAA